AUGAGCAUCAAGAUCGAUUCCACCUGGGCUGCUUGCCCAUCUACAACCCGGGGACAGCCAACCCAGCUUUCAUCGGAUUUAAAAGGUGAACGGCUAGCUUACGCGUCCAAUAAAUCCAUAUUCCUUCGCUCGAUAGACACCCCGUCGAUUUCAACUCAAUAUACUGGUCACACGGCGGAGACAACUGUUGCGAGGUUUUCACCGUCUGGAUAUUAUGUUGCGAGCGGUGAUGCUUCCGGCAUCGUGCGGGUAUGGGACUGCGUUGGAGAGGGUAUCACAAAAGGAGAAUACCCCAUUGUGAGUGGGAGGAUCAACGACCUAGCCUGGGAUGGUGACUCGCAACGUAUAAUUGCUGUUGGUAAAGGGAAUCAGCGAUUUGGACACUGCAUUACGGCAGAUAGCGGUAACACUGUCGGCGAAAUCACGGGCCAUAGUCAGGUCAUCAAUUCGGUGUCCAUCAGGCAGCAGAGGCCAUUACGCGCAGCAACGGCUGGAGACGAUAGGACCUUGGUGUUCUAUCACGGUGCGCCAUUCAAAUAUAAUACCGGAAUUCGAGACAAGCACAAUAAUUACAUCUACGGCGUUGCUUUUAGUCCGGACGGCGAUAGCUUGAUUAGCGUUGGCGGAGAUAGAAGAAUUUGGAUCUACGAUGGAAAGACCGGAGAAGCCAAAGGCCAGAUUGGAGAAGGUGAACACAAAGGUAGCAUUUUUGGAGUUUCCUGGGCAAGCGAUGCUCGGAGAUUCGUCACAGCCAGUGCAGACCGUACGGUCAAGCUUUGGGAUGUUGAGCAUGGUAAGGUAAUCCAGAACUGGACACUUGGUGAAGACGGUGCUGCCGGAGUAAUAGACCAACAAGUCGGAGUGGUAUGGCCAAGCGGAAGAAGUGAUGGUUUGGCUAUAAGCUUGUCUCUCUCAGGGACUCUUAAUUAUCUGGUCGAGGGUACCGAGAAGCCAACCAGACGAGUGGAGGGUCACCAAAGGAAUAUCACCGCUCUAUCCCCCCGUAGCCCAUGUCCAAGCAACACUUUCUGGACUGGUAGCUAUGAUGGCAGAGUCUGCCAGUGGAACAUGUCAGACGGAGGAGCACAAAAAGCAAAAGGACCUGGCCAUAACUGCUACAUUACAGGCUUCUCAGCCACCAGCGAGGGGAACUCUGGACGAAUUUAUAGCGUUGGAUGGGAUGAUAAAUUGAGAUCUAUCGAUCUAAGUUCUAACACUUACACUGAACUUGAGAUAAAACUGGCUGCACAACCAAAGGGCAUUGCCACGGCUGGGGAUAUUGUCCUUACUGCCAAUUCUGAUGGGAUUGAGAUAUUUUCUAAAGGUCAACUCUCAGGGAAAUUUGACUCUAAAUCACAAAUUACUGGUGUUGCCGCCGUUGGAUCAGCCGUGGCUAUCGGUGGUGGAGAUGCCUCAAUUCGAAUCGGCAAACUCGAUAGCAACGGCACCAGCAUCAACGUCAGUAUCGAGACCAAACUUUCGAGGAACCCUGUUACAGCUUUAGCCUUCUCAUCUGAUGCAUCAAUAUUGGCUGCAGGAGACUCAAGCGGCAGGGUGAUGGUGUACAAAGUCUCUGAUGGCAGCAUUGUCACUGACCGUUGGACGGCGCACACUAGCCGUAUCACAUCUCUUUCAUGGAACAAGGAAGCCACCCAUUUAGUGAGCGGAUCUCUUGACACCAAUAUCUUUGUAUGGAAUCUUGCUCGCCCUGGUGACAAGCUGCAGAUGAAGAAUGCCCACCGGGAAGGUGUCAAUGUUGUUACUUGGAUAGCUGAUGGGUCUAAGAUUGCGUCUGGAGGCGUUGACGGCUGUGUGAAGACCUGGAAGGUUGAGCUCGCGAAGUAG